AGCCUGUUCCACUCCGCUGCACUGAUAAGAAGCUGCAUAUCUAUGAAACUAUUACAAAACAGAAAAUGGCUGAAGGAGCAGAUUCGACUGUGGUGAAAGCUUUGACAGCUUUUGUGGAAAGUGGAAGAGCUCUGCUGGACCUCGCCGAGAGGGAGAGCAGGGAAGGCUCUCUCCAGGAAUUCAUCAGGCAGAAAAUCCGCAUAGAGCAAAAACAUUCAAUGCUUGGUCUGAUCGAAGUUGCUGCUGCUUUGUACAGAAGUUUGUCUGUUCAGACCAAAAACGAUGCAGAGGAUCUCUGGAGAAAAAAAAAUCACUGUGCUGCUGUACAGGACGCUGUGCUCAACUUUCAGCAACUAGAAGUGCAGUGGGAUGCCUUUCUGCAGCGUUUGGAUGAUGAGUUACAACUGAGUGCUAAAAUACUGGCCGGGGAACAUCAGUCAAAAUGUAUUUCACCUGAUAUAUCUCUCAUUGAUGCCAGAACAGGAGGAGUAGUGAAAUUAGAGAAAUAUCUUGGGAAAGGUAAAAAGAUCCUGCUGGUGUUAAUCCGUCAGUUCUCCUGUCUGCUCUGCCGUCUCCACCUUAAAGAUCUGGAGAAGAAUCAGAGGUUCUUGGAUGCACACUCAAUGCAAGUGGUUGUGGUUUCAUUUGGCUGUCAGGAGGGAGCUUCACACUGGCUGCAGGAGACUGGCUGUCACUAUGACAUGCUGUUGGACUCUGACAGGAAGAUGUAUACUGAUUUCGGCCUGGGAGCAUCUCUGAAGAAAGUUUUAAACUUCAGUAACAUGCUGCUCUAUGCUGAAUACGUGGUGGCCAAUAUGGAGUUUCCAAGAGGGCUUCCAUCGAUUCAAGACGACAUGUUUCAGCUGGGAGGCGACUUUGUUUUGGACGAACAUGGGAGGGUGCUGUUCUCUCACCGCUGUCAGAGUCCCAUAGACAGACCCUCAGUGGAGGAUAUUUUAUCUGCACAGUGAAGAUGAAACUCCCUCACGAACAACACAGCACAGGUUCAUUAAAGCAGAAAAGAAGGAGGUGAUGUCAGCUGAAAAACUUCUUGUAUCAGUUUAGAAUAACAGUGACUGUUAUAUGUCAGGUUGUAAAGUCAAAAAUAUUGUGACAAUUAGCUUGAUGGUUUCGACUUGGUAAAAUAUGAUAAAUACAACCAAUAAAAUGCUUCUGUGCAAUUUUUAAAACAAAACUGAUUGAGUUCACACUGUAUUAAAACUCUAACACUAAUCAAACUGUUGCAAUUAUUUGCAAUUAUCAAAGACUAAAGUUGUUAUGAAAAACGCUCUGCCUCGUGCUCAUACUUGCAGAAAAGUGCCAAUAUAUGGUGAUAGUUUUGCCCACAUCCUCUAAUGCAACACAACUGUCCUUACUCCAGAAUAAUUGAAAUACUUGCUCAUAAAGUGACUAGCUCAAAAACGUUGUCUUAUCUUGCUGCAAUGUACUUUUAUUUAUUAAUUCUUAUCCUUCAGCCCAGUUGAGGUCAACCAAAAACAACA